AUGAUGGGGGAACAAAUAGGCGGAACAGGAUAUGAAAAAGUGCGCAAAUGUAUUAUAAAAGUUAGAGAGGUCGAAGUAGAAGCCGUUGCAAUUACAAUAUCCGGGUUAUCAUCAAAUGCACUGGAAAUUUUGAAACGUAGAGCAAGGCAAUGUCGUUUACUCCGAGACCUACGACAUCCUUGCGUUGUGCAUUAUUACGGUGUGAGUAUGCUGGCACCACCAUGUCGAUUUCUAUGUGAAUAUGUGCAAGGGGAAAAACUGAACAUAUACCUGACCAAGCGGCGCGGGAAGUUAAAAAGGGAUGAGAUGUUACGAAUGACGGUCACCGCUGCAUGGGGAUUGGACUAUCUUCAUUCGAAAGGCAUACUCCAUUUGGAUAUGGCUGCUAAAAAUUGUUUUUAUAACGAAAAAGUGGUGAAGAUUUACGGUUUUGAUCUUGCACAAAAGGCACUCGUAUACACAAUAAAAUCACUGAAAAAAUUACCAGUUCGAUGGUUGGCACCCGAAUCGGUGGAAAUGUUUCGAUUUUCGCAAAAAUCUGAUGUCUACUCUUACGGGGUACUUGUGUACGAGAUUUUUUCGCAACGAGAACCCUACGAAGGAAAAGUGAGGCAGGCGGCAGAAGCUGAAGUAAGUGCUCUUAAAACAUCUCAGAUUCACAUUAGGUAGCA